CCACUUCUCAUUGGAAUGUAUCAUGAGAUCGUCACGUUGCGCUGCUGCUUCCUGACUCUCAAAACGAAAGUUGACAGUUCACUUGCUACAAUGGACAAGACGCACUUGUUGAGUGACCAGGAUGGCGCGUCAGGUCCAGGCAGAUCUUAUGGAACUUGUACAGAUCCAAACAUGGAGGCAAAUGAUGGGGCGACAGCUCCUCCUGCUGAUAUGAUGCCUGUGGUUCCUGGAUAUGAGAAUUUGGGACCUAAUGUUAUUCCGCCUUCACAUUUUGGAUCAUCACAACCACAAGCCCCACCCCGAGCUCCAGAGAGACGCUUUGAGUAAGAAAAUGAAAUGAUUCAUGAUUUCAGUUUUAA